AUGCGCGAGUCCAACGUGGUGCACGUGCGGGCACCCGUGACGGUUGUGGGCGACAUCCAUGGACAGUUUUACGAUCUUAUUGAAAUCUUCAAGAUUGGCGGCUGGUGCCCCGACACCAACUACCUAUUCCUCGGCGACUAUGUCGACCGCGGCAUGUUCAGCGUCGAGACCAUCAGCCUGCUCGUGUGCCUGAAGCUACGAUACCCCAACCGCGUGCACCUCAUCCGCGGCAACCACGAGAGUCGAGGUGUCACGCAGAGUUAUGGCUUUUAUACAGAGUGUAGUAGGAAAUACGGCAACGCCAAUGUGUGGCACUACUUUACCGACAUGUUUGACUUUCUCACCCUCAGCGUCGUCAUCAACGACCAAAUCUUUUGCGUCCACGGCGGCCUCAGCCCGAGCAUACACAGCAUUGACCAGAUCAAGAUUAUCGACCGGUUCCGCGAGAUUCCACACGAGGGCCCUAUGGCGGACCUGGUUUGGUCAGAUCCCGACCCGGAGAGAGACGAGUUCUCUUUGUCGCCGAGAGGAGCCGGUUACACGUUUGGGGCCAAGGUGGUUAAAAAGUUCCUGGCGGUCAACGGCAUGUCACAUAUCCUGCGCGCCCAUCAGCUCUGCCAGGAAGGUUUUCAAGUCCUAUACGACGACCACCUGAGCACUGUAUGGAGCGCUCCGAAUUAUUGUUACAGAUGUGGCAACAUGGCCAGUGUCCUGGAAGUUGGCGACACAGGCGAGAGAUUUUUCAAUGUUUUUGCUGCAGCGCCCGAAAACGACCAGCAUAAGGAUGCACAGCAGGGUGGCGAGAAAGUGGAUGGCAACGCCCUGCCAGACUACUUCCUGUAA